UGCCCCACACUCCCUCCUGCCCAUCAUAAAGAACAAUUGAGGCAAAGUCUCCAAACACAACACUUCCGAUCGCUCAGGGACAGUGACCCCCCCAGGGGCCCCACAGGUGCGGUCUGAGGAACAGGGAAACCUUUCUGGGCCACUCGGAAGAACCGGACCCGAAACUGCCAGCCGGGUUGGUACUGGGGCACAGGGACCCCGGGGGGCACAGGUGGGCAUCUCACUGAGGCUCCGGACCAGCCGGAUAACGGGGGCACAGGUAAAGGGGAUCAGAUGAGCCAAUGGAUAUACGGGAUCCCUGAGGCACCGACGAGUAUUGAAAAAACUAUGUAUAAAUCGUGCGACUUACAUGAACCACAUGAUCGACGCGAUCCUUGAGGAGCAGAACUGAUUCAUUAUCCGGGGCACAGGGCUGUAUUAAUUGCCCCAGAGACACAGGGCUGGAUUAACUGCCCCAGAGACACAGGGCUGCAUUAAUUGCCCCAGAGACACAGGGCUGGAUUAACUGCCCCAGAGACACAGGGCUGCAUUAAUUGCCCCAGAGACACAGGGCUGGAUUAAUUGCCCCAGAGACACAGGGCUGCAUUAAUUGCCCCAGAGACACAGGGCUGGAUUAACUGCCCCAGAGACACAGGGCUGCAUUAAUUGCCCCAGAGACACAGGGCUGGAUUAAUUGCCCCAGAGGCACAGGGUACAGGAGGGCAGCGGGAUUAGGAUGAAGGUUACAGCCCCCAGCGGACUGAGCUCCAGGACAAACGAUCGGAUCUCUCAUGUUGUGUCUGGGGCAGGUCGCUCCGCACUGGAACGGGGCAAAUAGGGCAAAUGGGCACCAAAUAGGGCAAACUGAACCCGGCAGUAUUAGUACCAUUAGUGCCAUUCCCUGUACCCACUGAGUGUAGAUUGACUGCCCUGCAGGGGGGCAGCUGAGGGUCGGGGGUCUCCGGUUGGAAGAACACAGGUGGAUUGGCGAUUCUCCGAACCGAAAUCCCCGCCCAAGUGAGAGGCAGAAGAGCCAGACAGGAGCCCCACUGGCCCCUCAUCCAGGAUAGGGGGGGCAGCUCCCAUCUCUCUGAAAUGCCCCCCCUCCCCUGGGACUCCCUCACUGCUUAAUACGGAGCUGCUUGUGGUGUUUGUCAGCCCCCAAAUCUGCCUGAGCCCCCACAAUCCGGGAAUAUGAAGAGGAAGGCUCGGCGCUGGAUCUUCCACUUCUUCCUCAGCCUGGGGAUUGUCUUCAUCAGGAUUGGAGGCUUCUCGUCGGUGGUGGCCCUCGGGGCCAGUGUGAUCUGCAGCAAGAUCCCGGGCUUGGCCCCCCGGCAGAGGGCUAUCUGUCUCAGCAGGCCGGACGCCAUCAUUGUGAUCGGAGAGGGGGCGCAGAUGGGAAUAAACGAGUGUCAGUUUCAGUUCCGACACGGCCGCUGGAACUGCUCGGCGCUGGGAGAAAGGACCGUGUUUGGGAAGGAGCUGAAAGUGGGCAGCAGGGAAGCGGCAUUCAUGUACGCCAUCAUCGCCGCCGGGGUUGCCCACGCCAUCACCACCGCCUGCACCCAGGGCAACAUGAGCGACUGCGGCUGCGACAAGGAGAAACAAGGGCAGUUCCACCGGGAAGAGGGUUGGAAGUGGGGCGGCUGCUCGGCCGAUAUCAGAUACGGGAUUGGGUUCUCCAAGGUGUUUGUGGACGCGAGAGAGAUCAAGCAGAACGCACGGACCCUCAUGAACCUGCACAACAACGAAGCCGGACGCAGGAUCCUUAAAGAGAGCAUGAAAUCGGAGUGCAAAUGUCACGGGGUUUCUGGCUCCUGCACCACAAAGACCUGCUGGACCACCCUUCCCAAGUUCCGAGAGCUCGGCGCCAUCCUGAGGGACAAGUACAAUGAGGCCAUUCAAGUGGAGCCGGUGAGAGCGAGCAGAAACAAGCGGCCCACUUUCCUUAAGAUCAAAAACUCUUACCGCAAACCCAUGGACACAGACCUGGUCUACAUCGAGAAGUCCCCAAACUACUGCGAAGAAGACCCAAUGACUGGUAGCGUGGGAACCCAAGGCCGCUUGUGCAACAAAACAGCUCAGCACACCAGCAGCUGUGACCUAAUGUGCUGCGGCAGAGGGUACAACACCCACCAGUACUCCCGGGUGUGGCAAUGCAACUGCAAGUUCCACUGGUGCUGCUACGUCAAGUGCAAUACCUGCAGCGAAAGGACCGAGGUCUUCACCUGUAAAUGAUCAACCGGCCGGGACUGCGUCGGACUGGGCCACCAAGAUCAGGGUAGGGCAUCAUGUUCAGGCAGUCAUUUGGCCUUCUACCUUGUAACGUUAAGGAAAGAAAAGAAAAGGAGGAGAAUGAGAAUGGAGAAGAGAACGAGAAUGGAGAAGAACGAGAAUGGAGAAGAA